AUGAUAAAAUCGGAGCUCCUUGCCGACGUUGUGGUAGCUCCCUUCCCCGGCGACAACGGCCUGCAAUCUCCAUCGGAGUCAAACUCGGAUAGCCCCAGAGUCCGCGGGCCGGAAGCCUCUGCGGACCAGCAACCCGCAGCUGCGCUGGGCGUCGCCCAAUCUCCAUCGGAGCCAAACCCGGACAGUCCUAGAGUCUCCCGGCUGGAAACCUCUGCUGAUCAACAGCCUGUGGCGCUGUUGUACGGAACCUGGCUCGACUUCCUCAAUCUUCAGACAGCCCCAUUGUGCACCGAGAACACGGAGAGGGAUCAAGGCCGUUCUUGCGCUCCUGUCGAAGAGUGCCAGAAUAGCCCGGUUGUAGCAGGGCCGUCGCGCCCGAACAAGCGAAGUCUGGACGGCUCCCUCUCGACGCAACCACUCACAGCACCUCCUCUUGAAUUCAACUUUCCUUGGGAUGCUUCUUGCAAUGCUCUGGAAGCAGAGCACGACCCAGAGUCUCAUGGUCAGACCCAUCCUCGGGUCUCCUCCUCCCCGUUCCCCAAGAGGGCACGUCACGCAGGCUCGAGACAUGCCUCACCGCCAAGAUACGAUAGCUCGUCCCUGUCGGAGGAUAGCGCAGAAACCUUGAUGAUGAGGGCAUCGAACAGGCACACGGUCACAGAAUGCCUGCUCAAGAUUUACUGUGACGUGCUGGAAAACAACCUCGCCUGCUGGCUCACCGACCAAACAUGCCCGUACACCACGAGCAUGCCGCAGACGGUAAACCUAGGCCUAGCUGCAACCCCGACGGCACCAGUGCUCAAUGGCUUUGGCCCCGCCCAGUUCUACCACCGCGUGGUUCGGCUGGACAGCGUGGCAGAAGAGAAUGAGAUCCUGUCCUUCACAGCAUCUGAAAGUCGGGCUGCGUCGAGAGCGCUCGAGCUGGCCAUCAUCGCUCUCUCAUUGCAAUGGUCUAGCUGCCGCAAUGUACAAGGUUACCGUCUAUGGAGACAAUCAGGCGGUGCUGCCAACCCCGAGGCGGAAUUGCACGACAUGGACGGCGCUGACUUCGAAAGCUACCUGCAGUCGGCUGUGUGGGAUCAAGCGAGAGAAGCGCCCCAGCGUGUCUCGGAGGUCGAGUCAUGCCGCGUGAUAUACGCAGAGGUUCUCUUCAGCCUCGCCCAGAAGCCAGCCACGACGGUCUCGUCCACCUCGUCUGCCAGGUCUGGUUCGCCAACAGAACCCUCCAUGGGCAGGGCUCGGUGUGGCCGAGUCUUCAGGAUACUGUGCCAGGGCGGUGCUCCCUUCAAGUUCGACGCCGCUCGGGAGGAGCAGCUUCGGGCAAAGCCAAAGUCCUGGGCGCGACGUGACAGCAAGCGUGCCGCUCCCACCGUCACGGUCGGCCCGGAAGAACGCGCUACCAUCGGAUUCCUAUACUGGCUGGCCGUCAUGUCCGACACGGUUUCGUCGUCGACGCACGAGAGGCCCCUUACCCUCGCCGCCGAGGAGGGGGCAUCCAGCUGUCCGGAGGCAGAACCCCAGAAGUCCUUGGACGGGGCAGGAAAAGUCGUUGAACAGCGUAGCCUGCGUUGGCAGCUUGAAUUCUUCAAGCCAGACAGGCCGUCGCAUCUUCACUGGCCAGCCUCCAACCUGGCCACCCUCGAGAGCAUCAGCCGAUCCGUUCUGAUCAAGGUCUUCAUCUUAAGGAAAGUAGCGCAGCUCCAGAACGCUCUGUGCAGACGUUGCCACGCCCAGAUCGACGACAUCGUCCAAAGCGCCAUUGCCACGUACCGCUGGUGGAACGUCACUCACGGGGCCCUAUUCCGCAAGUUGGCCCAGGUGUACUCGGGGCUUCCCUCCCACAUCAAGGCCUCGUUCAUCUGCGUGGUCAUUCCCUGGAACCUCGGGGUCAUGAUGAUGGCCGACCUCAUCGACUUUGCCGACGAGCGCGGGCUCGGACAGGAAGCCGCGAGGCAGGCCCGGUUCGAGUCCAAGCUCACGGCCCGGAUGGUCAGGUCCAGCUCACUGGAACUCGCCGACCUCGCCAGGGUGGCCUGCCCGAUCGAUGAGGAGUGCGGCAGCCCGAUCCAGCUGCCGGGCUAUCACCUGGCCGUCAGCACCAGCGCGAUCCUGACGGAGCCGUGGACCGCGCUGCUCGUCAGGGCGUUUGCCAGAGCGUCGAGCCACCACCUCGACAUCAUGGACGACUCCAGGUGCAACGAGUGGGAGGCGCUUGGCCACGAUGCCAGAGAGUUGAGGGAGCCGGAGAGGCGCGCCGAGGAGUGCAUCAGGGCGCUGUGGUUCCUCGGUCAAAGGUCCUCUAUGGCGCAAGAUAUAGCAAACCUGCUACUUGCGAGACUAACCCGCGACAGCUGA